ACGACCAACAGCACUUUUGUCGUGACAAUUUCUGGUUUUAUAUAUUGAACUCUCCACUUUAUUUAUUUAUUUGAAAAACAGAGAGAAGAAGAUAGUGAACAAGAGAGUAGCGACUGGAGUGAACCAAAACUUGAUAACUGAAAGUUCAUCUGCUUAGGGUUUUGGAGCGGUUUCAAUUGUACUCGAUUUCAAAUUUUUCAAUGGCGAAAGGAAAGUUCACGCAUACAAGAUCACAGGGGAAGCGAUGGUCGACGGUUACGCUCGUUGCGUCAAUGCUUUUCAUGCUCACACUGGUUAUUCUCUUGCUCCUUGCACUCGGCAUUGUUUAUCUUCCAACUACCGACGACGAUUCUCCGAUCACGGAUCUCAGUUCCUUCCGGCGUAGAACCUCUCAAAGUUUGGAAGAGAAUCAGGAGCAGUGGACCGAAAUUCUCUCCUGGGAGCCGAGAGCUUUCAUUUUUCACAAUUUCCUGUCAAAAGUAGAAUGUGAAUACAUGAUCAAUCUUGCCAAACCUCACAUGGCAAAAUCAAGUGUUGUUGAUAGCCAGACUGGAAAGAGUGUAGAAAGCAGGGUUCGAACUAGUUCAGGAAUGUUUUUGAAGAGAGGAAAGGACAAAGUUAUCCAGACUAUAGAAAAAAGAAUUGCUGACUUUGCCUUCAUACCAGUAGAGAAUGGAGAAGGACUUCAGGUUCUUCACUAUGAAGUUGGGCAGAAAUAUGAACCUCACUAUGAUUACUUCCUUGAUGAGUUCAACACUAAAAAUGGAGGCCAACGUAUUGCUACAGUUCUUAUGUACCUUUCAGAUGUUGAAGAAGGUGGUGAGACCAUAUUUCCUGCUGCCAAGGCAAACUUUAGUUCUGUGCCAUGGUAUAAUGAUUUAUCUGUAUGUGCUAAAAAGGGUCUAUCAGUGAAACCAAAAAGGGGUGAUGCUCUGCUGUUUUGGAGCAUAAGGCCAGAUGCCACACUAGAUCCAUCAAGUUUACAUGGUGGUUGCCCAGUAAUUAGAGGAAAUAAAUGGUCUUCAACGAAGUGGAUGCAUCUUGAGGAGUACAAAGUUUGAGCCUCGCCUGCGCAGGAUACACAUGGAUUAUUACAUGGUGAGUAAAUCAUAAUAUUUCUAUUGGAAAAACACAGGUUUGUUCAAACUCGAUGCAUUACUACGCUACAUACUACCUAGUGACAUUUUACUUCACUUAGAUAUGCCAGCAGUUUCCCCGUGUAGCUGAAAAAAAUCCAUUCCCCUAGCUCACGAAUAAUCUUUGCAUUGCGGAUCCUAGAGAAAAGAGAGAUGCGGAAGGAGAGUAAUUUCAGUUGAUGAUACGAAUUGCUAUUUUUGUUUUCGGUUCCCACUAGGGUGGGGAAGUAAGAAAACUGGUCCACCGGUGGACCAGGGGUAUUUCAGAUAUUACCUCUUCCUCUCUUUCUCCCUCCCACUCCCCCCUCUCUCAUAGCCUCCCCGACCACCACCGCUUCUGCCAACCAUCGUCGCCUCCAUCGACAACCCUUCCUCCACCGCCAUCAAGCAUCAACCAAAUCUGGAAAUAAAGAUAGACAUCAAUUCCUCUGACCGCAUCGCAACUCCUUUUACUGGAAUUUAUUUUUACUGGGUUGGGUUCAGAGAGAGGUUGAAGAAGAAUCUUGAAGAAGAAGAAAAACCCAGAUCAGAAGCUAAACAGAGUUAAUUUCACAAUAGAAGAAGCAAUUAGCAAAGCCAAUUAAUAGUAUGCCAUGGUUUUAGUUUCCCAAUCCCAAACAGAGAGUUACCUUUAAACGGAACGAUUCACGGGACAUGGGCAUAUACCAAGUUCUCAACGAAGCCAGUGCUCUGAGCAACACUUUUCAGAACCAGAUAGACAUCAAUUCCUCUGACCGCAUCGCAACUCCUUGUUGCCAAAGAUCCAAUUGAAGGGUUCAGUUCCAAACACAAAAAAGACAAGAAAUUUGGAAAAAAUUUCACAGACCCAGAUCCGUUCACCAUUGCAGAUAUAAUUGACAGAUUAAUCCCAAAAGAUGGUCACGUGAAGAUGGAAAAUGGGAGUACCUGAAGUGAAAUCAGAGAGUGAGGUCUGAAAUAUGUUCUUCUUCUAAAUUCUUCUUGCUUCUGACAAAAAGGAACAAAAAGAUGAGAACUAGAAGACCCUCUGCAAAUCAGUGAAGCAAAGGUUGACAAGAUUGUCGAAGCUGUUGGAAACUUCGACUCUGUUGUAGUUGUCGACGAUGCUCAGGAGCACCAGCGGGUGAACCACCACCUUCUCGAUCGGUCGAGAUGAUACUUGCUGCGUUUUUAUCACAUCCUGGAAGCUCUUCUUCUCUCCCUGUAGAUCUGGGUUCCGAUCUCACCUGAAACCCUUGCUCCUAGAUCGGCGUUUUGUUGAGUUCAUCUUCCGCUUCCAUCGUCGUGUACUCGUAGAUCUGCAUCAUCCCCUAGAUAUUCUCCCUGAUCUGCGUCCUGAGGUCCAGUGUGGAAAAGAGGUUGAGGUCGCCGGUGUGGAAAGGAGGUUGGGAUGGAGGAGGAUACGAUAGCAGUGGUGAUCGUUGUGAAGGUGGAUACGGUGGUGGCAGUGGUGGUCAUCGAGAGGGUGGAUACGGCGGUGGUUACUGUAGCCAAGGAUAUCUUUCUAGUCUUUAGAUUAUGUUUACUUUUUUACCCUUUUGAGUAUAAAUGAAUCCUAGCCACUCAUUCCAAAGAAUAUUCUUAGAUCCUAAAUCCAAUGGUGUAUAAUCCUGGUCCACCGGUGGACCAGUUUUCUUACUUCCCCACCCUAGUGGGAACCGUAUGUUUUCAUAGUUUCAAACGACGAUGAUAUGUAUAUAUUUCUAAAUUAAAUACUGAGUUAACGGUAUAUUCUGUUUUUUGGAUAAUGUAGAGGGGCCUAAGCCCAAGAGUUGCCUGUAUACAUGCCAUACAUGUUUUGAAAAUGAAUUGAAAAGAGUUCUACA